AUGGAGCAUAUCAUACCAGAAAAAUUCAUCAAAAUGUGCCGGCUCCUGGAAAUAACCACCUUUCCAGUUCAUUGGAAAUUUGAGGAGAAAGACCAACAGAUUGUGGUAACGUUCAUUUGGAAUAUCGGUUCCUCGGAAAUUUUGAAUCCACAAGACACUCCAAAGGCGGACUCGACGGUCGCCUUUGAAUCGAAGAGAGAAUCCGAAAUUCAGAAACAAGAUUUGCAUUUGGUUUCAAAGAAAACAGCAUCACAUCAAUCGCCUCUCAAGUCAGAAACUCCGGACGAAGACGCGAACAGUAAAGACAAACGAAAAAGUGCAAGUUCCUCGAGGACCACCUUGCCUGCUGCUUCUACUGACGAUCGGAAAUCCAUAACGACGAAACAUAAAGAGAAGAGUGUUAACAACGAGGACGGGGUAAACUAUAACAGAUGCGAAAAGACUCCCAAUGAUUCUAGUACAAAACAAAAGCACAUAAGUGGCAAUGCAAACGUUUGCUUGGUAAAGACCAACGAAUUAAAGAAGUCAGAUGCCCCAAAGCCGCACAAAGAAUCAAGUACCAAACAUCGACACUCAUCUUCGGAUAGUGAAAGAAAACGAAACAAUUCUAGUUCGAAAGACACCACUAAGGGGCUUAGUAAUGCUCCAUCUUCUUGCGAUCCGAAACGUAGACAUUUUAGUUCUAAAAGCAAAAGUACCUCGUCUAGUGGUGAAUCUGCAAAUCCAGAAAUACGAUCAAACAUCGAAGUGAAUAAACAAACAGUCAAUUGUGAGGAUACUAAGAUCACGAGACCACAAAACAGAAGCGCUCAAUGUGUUACACCGGAAGUGAAAAAUAAAGAAUCGAGACACAAAGAAUCGAGUAUACGAAAAGAAAGCAAAUCCAAAGAUUCUAACUCUCAAAACGAUAAGAAUCAUAAAGAGAAACACAUGCCAGAUGAAAAGAGACACGUAAAACCGAAUUCACGAGAUCAAAAGAAACAUACUGAAGCGAGUUUGCGACAUUCGAAAGAAAUUCACGAAUCACAAUCUUGUUAUGCAGCGGUAACUGAUACUGCUGAAGUUGAGCAUCCCAAAGAGCCCCAUCAUGCUGAUCCUAUUGACUCUGACGACAGCUUCACAGAAUUGAAGAUAGAUUUGGAUUAUGACGAAUCAAAGAGCAGUAAACAUGAAGAGGAAAAUCUCCGGAUAGACAAAGAAUGUCAACCACAUACAUGCGCUACAGCCACGGGAGUCCAAGAAUCAAAUCAAGAAAUGCAUGAAAAUCCUCCACUUGUCAUUUCUCGGUGUGAACCCAAGGAUGAUAGUUCUCAUAUUGAUGAAGUGACUCCAGUAGGCAAAGAAGAUCCAGCAAUCACUGCCACUGAAAGUAACUCUCAAGACACCAAUACCUCAAAGAUACAGAACCCAACAAGUGAAGAUCGCAACAAAGUAUCUGCAUCUUCUGACCAGAAAAUUUCACAGAAUGAAAUUCCUAAAAACAUGCCACAAGAGGAAAGGAUUCAAAACAGCAACCCAGAUAAAGAUAAUAUUGACAGUGACAAAUUGGAGAAAAGGGAGAUUUCAAGUAACCAACCAGAGGUAAAGGAAAGCGCUAGUGGCAUAUUAGAUAAGGAAGAAAUUGACAAUAGCAAACAGAAGAAAGAAAAAUUUUCUACAAACAAAUUAGAGAAUAACAGUAUUCAUAAUAACGUUGCCAAAGAAAAGGAAAUCCAAAGCAAAUCAACAGAAGAGCAACUAUGCACCAAUCCAGUACAGGAAAAAAGUGUGCUUAAUAACAGCAACAAUCAGGAGAAAGCAGAAGUUGUCGACAACGAUUUAGAAGAGGGAGAAAUAGAGGAUGAAGACAUAGAAAGGGAUAGACCAAAAUAUGAUCAGAACAAGAACACGAAUGUGGUUACUGGCGGGACUGUUUUUGACAAUGUUCUUUUGGCCUAUUCACCAGUAUCAUCAAUUGAACCUCAAACUGACGAAGAACCAUUAGGCAUUCUUGGCAGUAAUGAUCCUUUUGAUGAUGCAUCCUCUCCAAAAUGUCAAGUCGGAAAUAGAACUAAGUUGGUGACGACAGCACCAACAGCAGACGGAAUUCAAACACCGUCUUCAUACAGCUUUCAAACCGAAGAUUUAGAAGGAGCUAGUAGGGCCAGUACCCCUCUUUUAGAUGAAAUGAAUGGUUUCAAGGUACUCGAGGAUUCGGGAUUCAGAACCGUAAUAUUACCAGUGUCCCAAAGUCCCCCAAAACAAUGUUCACCAGUUAAAAGUCAAGUGACCAUUCCUCGCAGGAAGAAGAGAAAAGGGAAAAGGAAGUCAAUAAGUUCGGAAGCUGAGCUGAUGAAUAUAUUCCAAGGAGAAAAACUAUCAAAACGAAAGAGUUCUCGACUGCGGAAAAAACUUCAGAAGCAACUCUCAAAACUAUCCGAUUCUGGUCACGAAGAUAUAGAAGGAAGGAUUAAAAAAGAGCAGAAGAGAGCUAAUCAAGGCCCUGAAUUAUGGUCGCAACCAGAGGCCAGGGGAACCCAGGAACAUUCUACCCGCAAGAAAAGACAUGUUACUGAUUGGGAUAAAUUAUUGCAGAAACAUAUACACGAGAAGAAACGACCAACUCCGACAGAUACGAAGACAGAAGACUUGAAAAAGAAAAUUGACAAUUUCCUGAUAGAAAUUGAUUUGAAGAACAACAAAAAAUGUUCCGGUACGUUUCUAACACCAAACCAAACGUACAAAGAGACACACAAAGUACAUCAGCGACCAAUGACGGUAUCAAAACAAGUUAACUUUGGAAAUCUUUUUGAUGUCCAGUCAUAUACGAGUGGGAAUGGCGAAACAUUUUUUGAUGAAAGAGAGCAGAUUGAACACGAUUCUUUAAUGGACUCUAUCAUCAUAUCAUCAACGUACAAGGAAGAAGAGAAAGAAAAAACAUCUAAGAAGCGGAAGCGACAUACAGAUGGUUCAGAUUCAGAGACAGACCCAGGGAAUAGAAAGUUACAGAGAACCAAUUCCAGAAGUCUUCCGAGAAUGAACAGGGAUAUAGCUAUCCAGCAAAGGAACAAUCCGGAUACUGGACUCCAUCAGUACCUCUUUCUCUUUGAAGACUCCCGUCCUUGUACAUGGAUUGACAGCGACGAGAUCCAGGAACACAAUCCCCACUUCUAUAAUUCACUGAAGAAAUGUUUUGUUCCCAAAGAGGGUUCUCAAGAACAAUCUGAGCUGCAACAGAAAUUAUACAAUCUCGUCGGGUUUCCGUCGUGA